AUGAAUUGCGCUAGAAGCGUUUGGUACCCCCUAAGUAAACAUUUUAGAAUGAUAAUUCUGCCAUCGAUCAAUCAAAAGGAAGCUUUGUAGAUGAGCGUGCUGUACUUCAACAGUGACAGAAUUAUGCUUGCACUGUCCCUGACUCGAUCUGGGUUUCAAGGCUUGUGGUGCGUACUACAAGUUGUUGACUGAAGUUAAUUGUUGUUCUUGUAGAACAGUGGCGGGGGUGUUCACAUUCACGAGACAAGGCAGAAGUUCAUGGAUGGCUCACUGCAUCCAGCUAAUAUUUUGAUGUGUCCCCAUACUUGUGUGACAAACCUACCUCAACCAAGGCAAAAACACCCUGGUAAGAAAACCACGUGUCCACUAUUGAAAGAAGUGUAGAGGCUGGCUUGUGAUUGGUUCAAGCAAUAGCCAGAAUUUUCCUUAAUUUUGAUCUGUCCCUAGUAAGAAAAAGCUGUGUCCACUAUUAAGAUGGAUAGAAGUGUGGCUUAUGAUUAGUUCAAGAAGUGGUCAGAACUUUCUUUCGUUAAACCGGGGCAAUAAAACUACGCGGGAUGUUGGAGAAUGCUCAAUGCACAAAGGAACACCCAUGAUCUACGCUUUUUUUUAGUGUUCUCGCAAUAUUCAGAGUAAAAAAAACGGUGGAAAAAAGAGCAUUUUCCGUUUAUAACAUUACUUGUAAUGAAAACUUUCUUUUUCCCUUUUUUUUUCUUCCCUUUGCUUUUAUUGGUGUAGUAAAAACAAGGGUGUCAACCAAUCAGAACGUGAAAAGUAUCGAACUCAUUUUCCAAAACCUCCAUGAAUUAUUAGUGAGUUUACGCAAGAGGACGGCAGAACGUUUGUGCGUGACAAACGUGACGAGGCUGUCACUUGUGUGUCAUGUCGUGAUCUUCACUUAACAGUAAUGUUUUCUGGUCGGUUUACAAAAAGGUUUGUUUAAAGGGAAGUAAAGUUUGGCGAAAAGUUAUUUCAAACAAAAUUAUUGUCACGCUUGUCUUACAAGCUUUGUCGUCUUCUUUCCUCUCCCGACCUGUUGUGUAAGUUCACUAUUAACACCCCUUGACUCUUUUUUUCUAGAACCUGGUCCUGCAGCUACAAUGGUUGGUAACAUUGUGAUGGGGACAAGGAUAGGUGGUGCAUCUGGGAGAGAGAUCGCAGACAUUGAAGAGGACAGUGAUAUGGCCAAGAAGGUAAACCAUCUGUAGAAUUAGCUGUGUAUCAAGAUAUACCUAACGCUUGAAAAUUGUGUUACGCAGUAUUCGCGGAUUCAUUGGCCGAGGGUUUUGGUUUAUGAGAUUAUUGACUAUGGAAAUGACGUGUCGGCAAUUCUAAGGUUGCGUGAUAGACUGGGUCCGUGUUGUGUCGCAUUGUACUAUGGGACUGUUUUGGAAGACGCUGUAGCUUAUUUGAUUGGCUAUUACGAGGUUGCGUGGGAAACUGGGUCAAAAGUCGUUCCUUAAACAUUCCCACAAUACAGUUCAACACAACACCGGCCCAGUGUCCUAGCAACCUCAAAUGACCAAUGAUCGCGCGAUUUGUUUUCUUCUCUCUCUUUAAAACUUUUGUUAUUACUGCUAAUAAAUAGUAAUAAAUAAAUGAACUUCAACUGUUUUUUCUUCAGUACCAGUUUUUGGCUGAAAUUCUCAAGUGGAGAGCACAAGCCAUGCCUGAUCAUACCCUGUUCACGUUGCUCAAUUCUAAGGUAACUUACACUUGUAGAUUCUGUCUUCGUAUGUCUUGUAAUUCAACGUGUUGAUGGCGAGGCUUGGUAGGGUGAUGGCCUGAAAUUUAAGGUGCCUUUACGUUCUAGACAGCAGAGCUGUUGUCAACUUAAGACGGAAUCACCAGUAAAUAGAUUAAUUUUAAUUCUAAGAGGACAAAAACCUUGUACCAAAAUAAUUUAGAGAAUAUUGCUUCCUUUUUUUAAGAGGUACUUAGUCAUCUGUAAUAACACCAAAGACUAUUUCUCAUGGGAGCCCGAGAAAAUCAAUGUCAAAUUUCACAAGAAUUGUGAAAACACAGGUAAAAUUCUGAAAAUUUCAUGUGUAAGAUGUCAUUUUGUGAAAUUUGACUUUCAUUUUCUCGGGCCCCAAGAGAGAUUUUCUUUGGUGUUAUUACAGAUGACUAAUUACAUCUUCAGUCCUUGAAAAAUGUAAAAAAGAAUGCAAUAUGCUUUAAAUUAUUCUGGUACAAGAUUUUUGUCCGCUGAAAAUUAAAAUUACUCAAUUUCCUGGUGGAUUCCGUCUUAACAUCCCUGUAAUUUUUAUCACCUUUCUAGGGCACUGUAGCCUCUUUCCUGACAACAACUCAGUUACACAAGCGAGCGGAGCGGGUGGCUCAAAUGGCAGUUGAACAAGGACGCCUCAGCUCUGGUGAUAAUGUGGCACUUCUCUUUACUCCUGGUAAGUAAUUUACUUGACGCGUUGUGAUUGGCUGAAACAUUUCGCGCCAUUAUCCGAACCAAUCAAAUGUACCCUUUCCCGCGCUUGGCGCCCGCCACAUCUCUUUGUUUUGAGAUCUGAUUGGUUUAUUCAGUCGUGUUCCUAUCGGUAGAAUUGGAGAGCGGAGUUCACGAUUGUGACGUGAAACUUCCUGAUGUGAUGUGUUAUAGAGGCCGUAAACUCACAACGACGAAUUUCUCGCUUUUUUUGGAACUUGGAUGCGUGUCCUAAGGAUGCCAUUUCAGGAAAAUUUGCCCAUAUUUUACAAGUCGUGCCUGAUGGAAUAUUCGCGUUGAAAUUUCAGGGAGCGCAUAUGUAUCCUAUAAGUGACCUUUUGCUGNUUGGCUGAAAUUCUCAAGUGGAGAGCACAAGCCAUGCCUGAUCAUACCCUGUUCACGUUGCUCAAUUCUAAGGUAACUUACACUUGUAGAUUCUGUCUUCGUAUGUCUUGUAAUUCAACGUGUUGAUGGCGAGGCUUGGUAGGGUGAUGGCCUGAAAUUUAAGGUGCCUUUACGUUCUAGACAGCAGAGCUGUUGUCAACUUAAGACGGAAUCACCAGUAAAUAGAUUAAUUUUAAUUCUAAGAGGACAAAAACCUUGUACCAAAAUAAUUUAGAGAAUAUUGCUUCCUUUUUUUAAGAGGUACUUAGUCAUCUGUAAUAACACCAAAGACUAUUUCUCAUGGGAGCCCGAGAAAAUCAAUGUCAAAUUUCACAAGAAUUGUGAAAACACAGGUAAAAUUCUGAAAAUUUCAUGUGUAAGAUGUCAUUUUGUGAAAUUUGACUUUCAUUUUCUCGGGCCCCAAGAGAGAUUUUCUUUGGUGUUAUUACAGAUGACUAAUUACAUCUUCAGUCCUUGAAAAAUGUAAAAAAGAAUGCAAUAUGCUUUAAAUUAUUCUGGUACAAGAUUUUUGUCCGCUGAAAAUUAAAAUUACUCAAUUUCCUGGUGGAUUCCGUCUUAACAUCCCUGUAAUUUUUAUCACCUUUCUAGGGCACUGUAGCCUCUUUCCUGACAACAACUCAGUUACACAAGCGAGCGGAGCGGGUGGCUCAAAUGGCAGUUGAACAAGGACGCCUCAGCUCUGGUGAUAAUGUGGCACUUCUCUUUACUCCUGGUAAGUAAUUUACUUGACGCGUUGUGAUUGGCUGAAACAUUUCGCGCCAUUAUCCGAACCAAUCAAAUGUACCCUUUCCCGCGCUUGGCGCCCGCCACAUCUCUUUGUUUUGAGAUCUGAUUGGUUUAUUCAGUCGUGUUCCUAUCGGUAGAAUUGGAGAGCGGAGUUCACGAUUGUGACGUGAAACUUCCUGAUGUGAUGUGUUAUAGAGGCCGUAAACUCACAACGACGAAUUUCUCGCUUUUUUUGGAACUUGGAUGCGUGUCCUAAGGAUGCCAUUUCAGGAAAAUUUGCCCAUAUUUUACAAGUCGUGCCUGAUGGAAUAUUCGCGUUGAAAUUUCAGGGAGCGCAUAUGUAUCCUAUAAGUGACCUUUUGCUGCCGUUGCCGUCGUGAUUUUUGCUUCUUAACUUUGGUUUUAUAGCAGCCUAUUAUCCAAUCCUCUCCAACUUGUAGAGAGCAUGUGGUUAAAAAAAGGUAAAAGCCUGGCAAGGGUGUUCUCUCAGGUUCUUUACAUCCAGCGGAAUCAAGGGGGGGGAGGGGGCGUGGGGGCAGGGACAGACAAUUGAUGAAUGAACGUAUGGCCUUAUUUUAAGAUACGUAUCAUACGUAUUAACACUAUUAACUGCUGAACUAUUAUUUCUCCAUUUAGGUGUGGAUUUCAUCGUGGCAGUGUUUGCAUGUCUCUAUGCUGGUAGGCUAUUAAACUUCUCUAUAAAAAAUGAUUGAACCAAGUUAUUUUCGGGUUCGUAAUUAAGAUCUCAUUUUUUCAUCCAUCUCAACUGCAUUUGAUUUCCUUUAAUUCUUCCCAAAAAUUUCUUCACAGGUCUUAUUCCAGUCCCCGUCCGUCCCCCACACGCCAACAACAUCAGUACCACCCUCCCCACCGUGAAAAUGGUUAUUGACGUGAGCAAGUCACGUGCUGUACUCACAACCCACAAUAUUGCCAAGGCGCUGCGGUCUAAAGAAGCUCUGGGGGUUGUGGACAUAAAAUCGUGGCCCACAGUGAUAGAAGUGGAUGAUGCCCCUAAAAAGAAACUUACUAACCCGUACAGGGCUCCAACGGCGGAAAUGAUCGCGUAUUUGGAUUUUAGUGUCUCUACAACCGGGAUGUUGUCCGGGGUUAAGGUAUGGGCUUUUUUUGUAACAUCUCUCUGACGUUUGGAGUCAGCAAAGCCAGAAAAAUUGCUGUUUAACCGUUUUGCCCUUUUACCCUUGGACUAAGCUAUGGUGAAAUUAUUUGCUAUUCUAAAGCCAGUAUCUGUGGACGAAAUCCUAUGGUGAUACCAUUCAAAUGAAACCUCUUUGACGUAACGUUUGUGUUGAAAUGAAAUGAAAUUGAUAGUGUGAAGGUCUUCUUCACUUAGAAAGCUGCUAUUGUAGCAUGUUACUGGUUUUGUCAUUAACAUGUUUGGUCUUUUUAGAUGUCCCAUUCAGCAGUGACUUCUCUAUGUCGCGCCAUGAAGCUUGCCUGUGAACUGUAUCCUUCCCGUGACAUUGCUGUCUGCCUUGAUCCCUACUGUGGACUGGGGUUUUUGCUAUGGUGUUUAACAGGGUAUGUAGAACGUCUGCUCGAUUAUAGAAAAAUCAAAGCAAAAGUAAGAAAUAUCACUGUGGAGAACCAGCCCGUGCAGUAAACCAAUCAGAGAAUGGAACAAGAGGCCGCUUGCCAAGCGCGGGAAAAUACAUGCUUGACACGAUUAUUCUGACCAAUCACAGCAGACGCAGCCAUGUCAAAAAAAAAACUAAUCAGAAAUCGAAACAGCUGCUGCCAAGCGCAGGAAACGCUUGCAUGUGGCGAUCAAUUGUAGGAAAAUGAAGGCAAAAGUACUGUCUGACCAAUUACAGGAGAAUUAGCCAUUUCAAUAAACUCAUCAGAGCUCGAAGCUAAAUGAAGGAAAUGAUUUUGAGCCGCGCACUGCAACAAGCAGGAAAUCAUUUAGUCCAGUGUGACUGUUGCUAGCUAGCUCUGUAACCUUUUCUUGUUUGAAGUAAUUAAAGUUUAUGCUUUCUACAUUUCAGGGUGUACUCUGGUCACCACACACUCCUUAUACCGCCAGGAGACUUGGAAACUAACCCAGCUCUGUGGUUAUCUGUAGUUAGUCAAUACAAAGGUGAGAAUUUCUUGCAUAUUUGAAGCACUCGUUUCCAACACUGUUUCCCUAAAUUUUUGGUACCGUUACAGUUAACAGUUGCUUUAUUUUUAACACUACGCCCACCCCAAACAUCUUGUUCACUCGACUGUGUUUGAUUAUCUUUAUGUGUAAAGAAGUCUGAAAGUGCGAAACUGCAAUGACUGCAAGGAUUUUGAUUCAUUUAUUUUGUUUGUUUUCCAGUUCGCGACACGUUUUGUUCGUACCCCGUUAUGGACUUAUGUACCAAGGGACUCGGUCAGUCAAUACCAGUACUCAAGGUACGAGAUAGGUGAUGACCUUAGAUUUCCAUUUUUAGAUUCUUUGUUUUUUGCACUAUUUCAAGAGAUUACUACAAAGAACUACAAUACAUUACAAAACUAAGAAAAAAUAAAACAACAAAUUACGUAAACUGUGAAAGGUGAAAUGUGCGUAGCGACCAAAGGAGCUUAGGCUUUCGAGUUGGUCACUACCAAAGAGCUUGGAUGAUUAGAUGGAUACUUAAAAUGAAAAGAACUCGAUCAAACCCUCUGAUGCGGCGUUUAGUACCAGUUUAUAAUACCCGUCCCCGCAAUUGUAGGUGGCACCUAGCCUGCGUCAAAUCUCUAGAGCCCUCGAAGAAGGAUGUCUGAAAUUUUGCCAACGCUUGAAAUGGUCUUCUUGUUUGCUUUCUUUCAGUCCAAAGGAGUGAACCUUACUUGCGUUAGAAACUGUGUCGUUGUGGCUGAGGAGAGACCUAGAAUUAACCUUACCACAGCAUUCUCCACUCUUUUCUCUGGCUUGGGCCUCUCACCCCGUGCAGUGAGCACAUCGUUCGGAUGCAGAGUCAAUGUCGCCAUUUGUACACAGGUGAAAAUGCUUGCCUCGAGUAUCGUAAAUAUUGUGUUACAGAUAACAUGUCAGGGAGGAAGGUAGGAUAUGGGCGUUAUAGUCCUUUUGUCCGUCAUCUCCAUGGAGGGUUACGUGUGGUACCAGUUCUCAAAAUAAUUUACUUACUGAACUGUUUGUGACUUGCUUCAUCAACUUGUUUUUCUAACUUACUUGCAAUUUUUCUCUAGGGUGCGUCAACUCCAGAGGCGUCCAGUGUGUACGUGGAUACAAGAGCUUUACGAAAUGACAGGUAGUUAUUUUACUGUCACGCUAUAGUCCAUACUGUUUCUUAUUGGGGCAACAUUGUUUUCUGUUUAUUGAUGGUUCGUGCCGUUAACAUUUUAAUGCUUUAAAUGCAACUUUAGUCCAGGGGGAUGACAUUUAUUCUUCGGAUCGUCACAUAGGAAGACAGAAAAUAUACUAAUUUAAAUAAGCGUUGGAAGAACUGGUCCACUGAGAUGCCUAUUCAAAGGUCAAGUGACUCUGAUUCAGUAGAAACGAUAGAUAACAUAUUGCAAGGAUAAUGAUGAUAGUGAUGGCGAUGAUGAUGAUUUUUUUUUACCUUCUGUAGA